AUGAGUGCUGAAACUUGUGCAGCUGUGAUCCUUGUCCUGGUGACUAUCCUUUUCCCGCCAGCAGGAGUCUUCUUCAUCGGCGGUUGCUCCCCAGACCUCCUCAUCAACAUCGUCCUAACUAUACUCGGAUACUUCCCUGGCCAUAUCCAUGCUUUCUACACUCUAUGGGUAUACUACGACCGUAAAGGCAGAGGUCGCGAAGGCAGAGAUAAAGCCAAGAAUCCACCAGGUAUCUUUUCAAAGAGAAUUUUGAACGGCGGCGAAAGAUAUUACUCCUCGGAAGAACAAGCUACCGCGCAGCAGGGAUACGGCAUGACUGCCACAUCAGCUCCCACUGCCAAUGGUGGCACACAAACAACACAAUAA